AUGCCGGGAGACUGGCAAGACAGCCGUGGGGAGGAUUCGCCCGCCUCCCCCAUCAACGGCCACGAUACUUCUGGCUCUUCGGUGCAGUCACCAAAUAUCUCUUGUCAAGAUACCUCAGACGUGGCUCUCUCAGAGCCUGCAAGUUCUCAAAGCCCUGCCACCGACGUGUCGUUAGACCCUGCGGACAGGAACACCUGGUAUGCCGGAAGCAAUCUCCAUCAGCCUACAAAUGGUCCACCGGCUAUCUCAAACGUCCCAGUCGUGAUCAUUGGAGCAGGUCCAAUAGGCCUCCUGUGCUCCAUUCUCCUCGCCAAGCAGAACUUUCGGUCGAUUGUCGUGGAGCGACACGCAAAGAGGCUGGGUCAGCCCAAGGCCCAUGCAAUCAACCCGCGCUCGCUAGAGAUCCUCCGUCAGCUUGGAAUUGAUACGAAAGAGCUGAGGUCUCUGGGAGCCAGUGCAGAAGAUGCCGAUUUAGUUCGCUUUACAACUGCUGCCAUUGGUGGGACGGAGCUUGGAAGUCUUCCCUACGAGCGACAGGAUGAAGCGGUGAAAGAUUUCACGCCGGAGCCACUUCUCAACAUCCCUCAACCGCAGUUUGAACAGGUCCUCUGGCGUACUGCGCUUGAAACUGGGAAGGUCACCAUUUGGUGCGAAAUGCAAUGGCAGGACUGCGCUGAAUUUGGAGACCAAAGCGUUGUGUCCACUGUGCUGAACCGAAAAACACAAGGCCGACACCUCAUUGAGAGCAAAUGGCUGAUAGCCUGCGAUGGUGCUCACGCACGAUCGCGUAUCCGGCUAUCGAUACCGUUUGAUGGUCUUGAUGGCAAGCCAGAGGAGCCGAUCCACUAUUGUUCGGUUAACUUCGACGCCGAUCUGAGCAAGGAAAAAUCGGGGAUGCUCUGGUUCAUCAUGGCCAAGAAUGCAGGCAAGCGGAAUUUCAUAGCCUACAACCGGUCGAACAACUGGGUCUUUGUGACAUGUUAUGAUCCCACAGCCACGCCGAAGGAAACCUUUACAGAAGAAUAUUGCAGACGGCUUAUAGAUCAGUCACUCGGAAAAAAGAUACCCUACAACGUCCUGAGUAUCACCACCUGGAACACCACACCUCGAGUUGCGCGACAUUACAGAUCGAAAUUGAUCAGGCAUGGCUUCGUUGUUGGCGAUGCGGCUCACUGCUUCCCUUCAACCGGAGGUCUCGGUGUCAAUACUGGUUUGGGGGACGCGCAUAACCUCGUAUGGAAAAUCACGGCAGUAGAGAAUGGCUGGGCAGAAGAUAGACUGCUUGAUUCUUAUGAGCUGGAGAGGAUUCCCAUCGCGGUUGAAAACUCGCGCCAGAGCCGCUUGAACGAAAAGAAAGUUCACGAAUUGAGCCGUGCAGCCUUCGGAGACAAUGGACAGAGUUUGGAAGAGCGGAUGCAGGACCCAAAAGCCAGAAGCGAGAUCCAACUUGCUCUCAUGGACAACUACAACCACUUCGAUUCAUUGGACCUCCAGAUCGGAUAUGUCUACGGGAAAGCACGGUCUCCCCACCGACGCGCCGGCCAUUACAUCCCAGAAUGUAUUCCCGGUACAAGGCUACCGCAUGCUUGGGUCUAUACAGCAGAUGGACGCACCAUCUCGACCUUGGAUGUGACUGACUACAGUGCUUUCACGAUCUUGCUCUCCGGCAGUCUUCAGCGGGACAAUCGCCGGCCACUAGACGAUGUCAGUUUCCCGGUGAAAGAAGUAUAUUUGGGCAAGGAUAUCAUCGACAAGGAUGGCGCCUGGACGCGGCUGAUGGGGUUGGAAAGAGCAUCUUCCGCAGUUGUCAUUCGACCUGACCAGCAUGUCCUCGGUAGAGUUACAACUAUUGACGAGCUGCAAAAUCUGGUCAAUUCUUUUGUACUUUGUUCUAGUUACGUUCCCGACCAUGAGAAGCUCUGCGGGACAGACCUUCAAAUACUCGCAGAAUGA